AUGUCCCAGCCCACGCUCAUCAGUCCAUAUGGCUACGACGCGUCCACAUGCGGGUACUGUACCCCCUCAGGCAGUCGGUCUGCCAAGGCGACCAGCAGGAAGUACGCCUUCGAGGGCUCGCAGAUGUCUGUCAAGUUCUAUCAGGACAUCAUCAAUAGGGGAUGGCGUAGGUCCGGGGAUUUCGUAUAUCAUCCUGACAUGGCCCGUUCGUGCUGUCCGCAGUAUACCAUCCGCCUGGACGCGCGCGAAUUCGCUCCGAACAAGAAACACCGGCAGGUCCUGAACAGAUGGAACCGGUACCUCUCCACUGGAUCCAGAGAGGUGGAUGCUUCAAGCACAGACAACAAGGGGAAGGGCAAGGGCAAGAAGAAGGUGGAAGGCGAGGGAUGGUGGACUGAGCUGCAUCGGUAUGAGGUCGACAUAGGGGAAGAGGGGGUGGUACGAUUCGAGACUGAGCUCGUGCCUGCUGUUGCUACACCUGAAUCGUUCGAGCUGUACAAGAGCUAUCAGAUCUCGGUGCACCAGGACAAGCCGGAGAAGCUCAAUAUGCGCGGGUUCAGGCGGUUCUUGUGUGACAGCCCCUUGAUCGAGCAGCCAAUAACAUACACCAAAGACGCCGAUACCGAGGGCUUACCAGCAAAUUAUGGCUCGUACCAUCUCCUCUACAAGAUCAACGGCCAGACCAUCGGCAUCUCAGUGAUCGACAUCCUCCCCAAUUGCGUCUCCUCCGUCUACUUUAUCUGGGAUCCCGACUGGGCAUGGGCGAGCCUCGGCAAGCUGAGCGGCAUGUACGAAGCGAGCCUCGCGAGGCGGAUAUGGGCGGCGGGAGGGGGCGGGGGGUAUGUGUACAUGGGCUAUUGGAUAGCGAAUUGUCAGAAGAUGAGGUACAAGUCUGAUUAUUCGCCUUCCUUUCUACUCGAUCCGGGCACGAACGUCUUCCACCCUCUCAAUCCCACGGUAGACAAUUAUCUCCAACAUCACCCAUACCGGCCCUUCCUCGAUAUCCCCACUGAAGAGCCGCCGCCCAAAUCUACCUCGACCUCGGACGUAGCCAGCGCAACAGCAAAAGACGCGGACAUGGACGACGAUGAAGAUUCCGAAGAGGAAGACGAGGACCCAUCGGAGCCCUCAAUGCUCUUCUUCCCUUCACCUCCCCCUCCCGGGUUCGCCAACCUCUCGGGUAUAUCAGAGGGGAUGAUGGACCGGACGCUCGUACUUUACGGAGGAGCAAGGGGGAGUCUUGUCGAGCUCAAGGACUUGCAGUUCCGGAAUGCGACCCGCGUCAAGCAGACAAUCCGGGAGCUAUACGCUGCGUUAGGACCGGAGUUGAUCGCUGUCGCUGGCGAGGGGCUGGCGGGUAUCAAGGAUCGAGGGGUAUUGACGUUUGGCUGA